AUGGCCCAGGUCCCUGCAGAGGGACCUGAGAUUUUAUUGGUUAUGUCGGAGGAAGUCCUUCCUUCUUGGUCGUUCGGCGGUAUCCUUCGGGAAAACUUGUAUGCUGGACUAUUGGGAGGACUUUGUGCAAUGUUAUUCAUAUUAUUCCUGAAACAUCAGGAUGGAAAGUUGGUCUGCGAGACUACAGUUAAUGCAGAACCCAAGAUUCGAUGUGAACUGGAAGACUUAAUGGAUAUUAAUCUCAAUCUAAAAAAAGAAGUAGAGGAGGCUCAAGAGAAGAACUGCGACCUCCUCGAGAAUAAGGCUCAGAUGACGAUACAAGAGGAUGCUCUCCUGGAGAGGAUUCAAGACCUGGAAACUCCCUUGGUUAAUGACGAAAAUUCACAUGCUGAAGAAAUCGUUGAUCUGACCCAGGAGGCUGAAAGGAAAAUACAAGAAGCAGAAGAUACCAUUCAAGUUUUGGAAAAGGAAAGUAAAGUUCUGAAGAAAAUUCAGGACAAAACCGAAGACUUGAUAAAUAAUCAAGGAGAAGAAACAGAUUAUUUAAAUUGCCUCAAUACUGCAAAUAAUAUACUACAAGAACGCCUAAAUGAAUGUGCGGCUCAAAAAGAGAAAACACUGAAGUUGGAAGGCGAUCUUGAAUGUCAUGUAAACGAGAGUAGGAAUUUGAUGGAAAUGAAGCCAGCAGACGAAGAACAGGAAAAGGAAGGGAAACUAUUUCUCAGGAUAGUGGAUGAGGAAAUCACUAAAUUGCAGGAUCUAAUAAACAGCGCAGAAUCGGAUCUGAAAACUUUUAGACCACAGAUGAGUGAGGAGGUACAAGGAAAGGUCUUAGCAGCCAUGGGAAAAGCCCGCCUCCUCAUUACUCAGAAGGUUGAACAAUUUCGAGGUCUAUGUCAACAAAAUAUUGAUGGUCCCAAAGGUGAAGAACCCACUAUAAUGGCUGCAGACUUAGCUGGCUUUUGGGACAUGGUAUCAAUUCAGGUGGCUAAUGUACACCACCUUUUCAAAGAGGUCAGUGUUCUGAAAACUAACGGAUGGAAACAGGACCAAAAUGCAGAGACCACUAAUAAUGUCACCAUAGGCCCAGUGAAAAGGAAACCAGCAAAGGUUAUAAAAAGAGCUAUGAAGACUUGUCCUGAGGAACAAAAGGCACGAGACGAGGCACGCAAGAAACUAUUGGAGGAGAAACGUAGGGCGAUGAAGGAGGCAAUGAAAGCCAAACAAACUGAGCCUGAUACAAAUGGCGUAGUAAAUGAUGUGGAAAUUAUAUUGGCAGAAAACAAAACCGCCCAUUUGCAGAAUUCAACAGGUGAAAAGGAAGACAAAAUAGCAAAGAGCAAUGAAGGUGGUGAAGUUAAUGAGAAAAUCAAGGAAGUGGAAAAACAAAAGGAAGGCCACCAAUUCUUACAAAUAGUUGAAAACGAAGUGUCUGGAUUACAAGCCCUGAUAAACAAUGCUGAAUCUGACCUGAAAGCCUUCACACCAGAGAUGAGUGAGGAGGUACAAGGAAAGGUCCUUGCAGCAACAGGAAAGGCGCGCCUCCUUAUCUCCCAGAAGAUAGAGCAGUUCAGAGGCCUAUGUCAACAAAAUAUUGAUGGGCCUAAAGGUGAAGAACCUGCUAUACUAGCUGAAGAUCUGGCUGGCUUUUGGGACAUGGUGUCCAUUCAGGUGGAUAAUGUUCACCAGCUUUUCAAAGAAGUUAGUGUUCUUAAAGCUAAUGGAUGGAAAGAGAACUCAAAUACACAGAACACUAAUAAUGUCACUAAAGGCCCUGCUAAGAGGGAACCAGUAAAAGUCAUGAAAAAAGCUGUGAAGAAUUGCUCUGAGGAACAAAAGGCACGAGACGAGGCUCGCAGGAAACUACUGGAGGAAAGACGUAGGGCAAUGAAGGAGGCACUGAAAGCUAAGCCAGCUCAGCCUGAUGCAAAUGGCAUAGUAGAUGAUGUGGAAAUUAUGUUGGCAGAAAAAAACAUCGCCCAUUUGCAGAAUUUAGCAGGUGAAGAUAAGGAGAAAAGGACAAAGGGAGAUGAAGGUGGCACAGUUAAUGAGAAAACAAAGGAAGUAGAAAAACAAAUGGAAGGCCACCAAUUCUUACAAAUAGUUGAAAACGAGGUUUCUGGAUUACAAGCCCUGAUAGACAAUGCUGAAUCUGACCUGGAAGCCUUCACACCACAGAUGAGUGAGGAGGUACAAGGAAAGGUCCUUGCUGCAACAGGAAAGGCGCGCCUCCUUAUCUCCCAGAAGAUAGAGCAGUUCAGAGGCCUUUGUCAACAAAAUAUUGAUGGGCCCAAAGGUGAAGAACCUGUUAUACUAGCUGAAGAUCUGGCUGGAUUUUGGGACAUGGUGUCCAUCCAGGUGGAUAAUGUACACCACCUUUUCAAAGAAGUCAGUGUUCUUAAAGCCAAUGGAUGGAAAGAGAACCCAAAUACACAGAACACUAAUAAUGUCACCAAAGGCCCUGUGAAGAGGGAACCAGUAAAAGUUAUGAAAAAGGGUAUGAAGAAUUGCUCUGAGGAACGCAAGGCACGAGAUGAGGCCCGCAAGAAACUAUUGGAGGAGAGACGUAGAGCAAUGAAAGAGGCACUGAAAGCUAAACAAACUCAACCUGAUGCAAAUGGCAGCACAGAUGGUGUAGAAAUUCUGGUGACAGAAAAGAGUAUGACCCAUUUGCAGGAGAAUUUAAAAGGAAUAUAA